AUGGAGGCAGCCCCCGACCCCCCGUCAGAGCCACCACCGCCGCCAGAAGAGCUCGCCAUCGAGGGCCUCCUCGAUGAGGUUUUCUCCGCCCCCAAGCAGCGUCGAAUGCACUACUCAAUGAAGCAAAAACGGGAUGUUCUGCUCGCUACACUAGAUAGUUAA